AGUCCGGGCUCAUCCUAAUGUUGAUUGAAAAUUAAAUUUUUUGCGCAGAAUGUAUCCUGUGAGCUCGCAGAAAAAGUCCUGGACAUUUGCUAAUGAGGCACAGCUGCUGGGCUUUCGAGUGGAGCAGAAUUCCAAGUACAUUGAGGAGCACGAAUCCGAAUGUCAGGAUGGCGACCUGGAGGAAUUUUUUUUGACGCCGGCCGAGGAGCGCCUGUUGCUGAAACAAUAUGAAGUCUACUUGUUUGACUUUUGUCGUCGGUUCGAUCCGCCCAUGCCCAAAUGUGUGGUGGGCACCGCGUUUCACUAUUUUAAGCGUUUCUAUCUGAACAAUACGCCAAUGGACUAUCAUCCCAAGGAAAUACUGGCCACCUGUGUGUUCGUUGCCUGCAAGGUGGAGGAGUUUAACGUGUCCAUAAGUCAAUUUGUCAACAACAUCAAGGGGGAUCGGAACAAAGCCACAGACAUUGUUCUGUCCAAUGAGCUGCUGUUAAUUGGCCAACUGAACUACUACCUCACUAUACACAACCCGUUCAGACCCAUUGAGGGGUUCCUUAUAGAUAUAAAGACUCGCAGCAAUAUGCAGAAUCCGGAUCGUUUACGUCCGCAUAUUGAAAGCUUCGUCGAUUCCACAUAUUACACGGAUGCAUGCCUGUUGCAUACACCCUCGCAGAUCGGACUAGCCGCUGUGCUGCAUGCGGCCAGCCGAGAACAGGAGAAUUUGGACAGCUAUGUUACGGAUUUACUGUUUGUAUCUGCGCGGGAUAAGCUGCCAGGUCUUAUUGAUGCAGUGCGAAAAAUCCGUAUCAUGGUCAAACAGUACCAGCAACCUGAUCGUGAUAGGGUAAAAGCCAUCGAAAAGAAGCUGGAUAAGUGCCGCAAUCAGGCAAACAACCCAGACAGUGAACUAUACAAGGAGCGCUUGCGUCGAAUGUACACUGAUGAGGACGAUAUUCCCGCUGAAGAUGCCUCUUUUCAUAUUGCUGAUGUGAGCUCGGAUACCUCCGCAAUGAAUACCAGCCAAUAGGAUAUAUUUUGAAUUUUUUUGAUUUUAUUUAUAUAUCACCUUAAAACUAAA